AUGACUCGAUUUAAUAAUAAUCAAUCAAUCAUGAUUGAUAAAUCUUCUUUACCUACCACAAUCACCAACAACACUGUCAACACUUAUAUUGACGCUAACAUUGAAACCAACAAUUCCAGCAACUUUCACAUUACUAAUAUUAACACAUUGUCAGAAAUGCUAAUUACACAACUAAUCUUAUUAUCUGAGACAUCUGACGAGUACAAAGGGUUAAAAGAAAAGUUUCAAUAUGAACGUCCGUUAAAAAAUAGUGACGUUCGUUAUAUAUUAAAAUUGGAAAUGCCUUCUAAGCUAACAAAAUCUCACAAGAGAUACAAAAAAAUAAUUGCAAGAUUAAAUAAUUUAUCAGUUGAUGAAGUUACCAGAAGUGCAUUCCAUGGCACUUUUACCGCUUAUAAUCCUUUGUGCGAAAGUGGUUGUGGGAUGUGUGGUAUUAUCAGGCAAGGCAAUAAAACUAAGUGUUCAAAACAUAAAUCUUUAUUUUCAAGUAGGAAAAUGUGGUUUGCGACUGAUCCAAAUACUUCACUCUACUUUUGCACCAGUAACAAUUCAUUAAAAACAAUGUUUGUAGUUGAUGUAAUAUCUAAAAAACCAAAACAUAUUUAUGUUACAAACAAAGAAAAGGCAACAUUACCAAGAUAUUUAAUAUUGUUUGAAUAUAAACACCAAGAUAUUUAUGCUUGA